ACUUUCAAUACAUCCGUUUUGAUUGCUCGAAUUCUUAAGUGAAUACUCGAUUACUAUGGAAACACAUAGUACAAAUACGAGAGUGUCCUACCGUGGGGCCAUAACAGGGUGAUCCAAGAAGUGCGCACUUUUCACCUCUACUCGGCCCUAAAAAUGCUUCUGACUCGCGCAAGCCGUGCGGUGACCCUGAUGAUAGGUCUCUGCGCAUGCGUGACAAAGGCGCACAAAGAAGACCUUGACUGCCAACUCACGCUACUGAAAGACUGCAAUGAGAACUUCAAAGCCGUCUUCGUUGCUGCUAAAGACAUCAGCCUUGCAGAUGCCUACUGCAGAGCAUUCGAGGGCUACGCCAAAAAGCUCACGGAGGAUGACUGUGGUGGAAAGAUAAUCGAUCUUGACCGUAACAUGAUUUACCAGCACAUGGCUAUGGACGGAAAGGCAGGCGUCUGUAACUACGGGUCGGACUUUGAGCUUCUCAAAGAAAGAGUGCGCGCGAUAAAGAAAUACAAGAAAGAGGUCAAGUUAUUCGAAAACACUGAAAUCGACAGCUGUUCAGUAGAGGCUCAUCUCACAUGUUCAAAGGAAUUCAAGACGAGUUUCCAUCGAUCGGACGUGAUGUUUUGUGACAGUAUCAACAGAUUUGUUGAGUGUUACGAAAUAGAGCUGAAAAACGCCUGUGAUAAGGUGCCAAAGAUGGCGAAAGAGUUCCUGAAGACUCUUGAAAAAGUGGGAAAGGAGCUUCUGAAGAUUUUCAAGAAAACUGGAACCAUGCCUGGCGGAUGCUCAAGCGGAGCAGAGGAGGCUUGAUAUAUCAUCUGAGGAGAUUUGAUUUAUCAUAGUACAAAGCAUAAGACAUUUAAGGUAAUUAGGUUGAUGGAUAAAAGAAAUAAUUCUUUCAGAAAGAAAUAUAAAGUAAAUAAAACUAUUUCCUCAUG